AUGAGUACCGUCACUCUAAGAUGGAUAGGCGAUUUAGAUCAAGACAAACGUGAACAAGCUGGGUGUGUCAGUUCUUCAAGCGACCAAUAUCGCCCAAAAAAAAUAGAACUAAAGCCUGGACAAAAAGAAAUCCGCAUUGGACGUAUUAACACGAAAAUCCCCCCUGACUAUCCAAUCGAAAGCUGCAUUAACAGCCGAAUGAUAUCACGAAAUCAUGCAACUAUAGAACGCUCGGCCAAAGGAGGUUCAAUUCUCUAUGAUCAUAGUAUGAAUGGGACCUACGUCAACUACACAAGAGUUAUGGGUGGGGUAACGCUAAAACAUGGAGAUAUUGUGUGUUUUGGGCAUUUAAAUGGGGCGAACCUUAAGCCUGGGGAGCCAGUAGCUCUCUUUUAUUCCGACUUGAAGUAUCGAGUGGAGCUAAGUGAUUCACCAACUAAGGAAAAUGUUGUAACUGGAACAGCCAAAAAACGCAAGUCUUAUCCCGCUCAGCCAGGUUCAACAGUGUCCUCUACUCAACGUUCUGAUGGGGAAGAUGAUUCUAUUGGGUCUAGUGAUGAGUCCACGGAUGCCAAGCGACCUAGAAGUAAUACAACUUCAAGUGCACAACGCACAGCUAACCGUCAAAAAUUCAAAAAGCCUGCUAGUUCAAAUCGUCAUAAGGUAGAUGAAGAGGAUGAUGGAGACAGCAAUGAUGAUGCUGAUGAUAGUUCAAGCAACAAACGAUUAAGUUCUGCAGGUUCCAAAACCAUCAAAAAACGUUCAAACGGUACGGAUAGAGUUAAAAAGUCUCAUUCUAAUUCUGUUUCACGCAAAUCUAGUGGAACAAAACCCGGUCAUAUACAUAAUAAAGAAAAACGCCGCUCUGGAAAAUCCAGCAAAUCUGGAGGUUUCGAUGCGGAAGAUGAUGCUGGUGGGGGUGAUAUGUUUCAUUAUGACAGUGAAGAGUGUUCAGCUAGACCAUGCAAGCAGCCUCAAGAUAUAGCAAUAGAUUGGAUUCAAUGUGAUCGUUGUACUCUAUGGUAUCAUCAGAUGGUUUGGUUCAGUACGAAUAAAUCUCUAAAUCGGACGGCAGAUUUAUAUUCAAAAGAUCUUAUAGAGUCCUAUUUAGAGUUGAAAUUACACUCACUUCGUUCAUCCGAUUCGAAGCCAAUAAAUCCCCAUACUGUAACAAAAGUGCAACCACUUCAUGAUCAUGUGAAUUUAUCCAAUAAUAUAUCUAAAUCAAAUGUUGUUUCCACACCUUUACCUUCUUCAAUUUUCUAUGAACCUUGGCAUUCUAUGUGGAAAUUUAUUAGAAUGAAUCCAAUCUAUGGAAUAGGCGGCAAAACUUUACCACUGGAAUCUAUAUUAUUUAUGGAUCCUAAGUAUAUUCCACCUAUUCAUUCAAUGUCAAAGAUUGAUAAUACAAAUCUGCUCUCUUCUACUGAUUUGGAUUUCUGCUACGAAGCUCUAUUGUUUAUGACACAGGCUUAUGAGACAGUUGUACGAGUAACUUUAUUUAAAGACUCAAAAACGGAAAAUGGCGAGUUUAUGUGUUGUUGUGAUCCGUACUUGAAUUUACCGUAUCGUUUUGGUAUCACUGAAUUGGCAUCAUUGGAGGACUUUGUAAAACAACAUAUUUGGUCAUCCAUAUACAAACAAUUUGCAAUUGAUGAAUGAAUUUCUUUGUAAUAUAUAUCUGGAGUAAGAGAUUCCAUAUUUUCCUUCAAAUGAUUUUUUUGUACAGAUUACCUAUGCUUUAUUCUAUUUUGGUUGAGAUAAUUGACUUAUGUGUUAAUAUCCUCUCAAUGAGUAAACGAGUACUUCACACCUAAAUUGUGGACUUUACUGCUAUCCAAUGAACGGUCAUACAUAUAACAGCUAGAAAAUAAAAAAGGUCGUAAUUCGGGGUUUUUUGAAGUGUUCGUACUAUCGGAUACAAACAAAAAGUCUAAGGGUUAUUUUCGCAACGUAUAUUAGUCGACUAUUUCGGUUUUAAGUGUCCAACUUGAAAAUAGGACGAGUUAGAUCCAAAGUUCGAAGCACAUGGAUUCCGUAUCUGCUUACAAACUGGUAGGGGAUCAUGUUUGCUAAAUAUCGCUUGUUAAUGCUUCUCCGAUGAGGCAACCUUUUCUGCUAAAUGUAUUGAUCGUUAAUUUUAUGUUACCUAAGGAGAUCCAACUGAAGGAGAUUACGGAAUACAUGCCUCACAUCAUUUGGUAUCAGUGCCUGAGCCAUGAUUCGUUGCCAAGCGUUGGUAAUCAGACACUACGAAUAACUUACUCGUAUCAUAAUCCUUACUAUAAGCAGUGCACAUUGAGGAUGAAAUCGAACUGCAUGUUUACAAGGAAAUGAAGCAGCCGAGAGAUCUACACUCUAUCGACAUUAAACAAGUAGUCGGACAUACCUUUGACGACUUGGAAUAAGUUCAUUGCUCUCACUUUAAAUGACAACUGGUCACGUUCUAAACUUAAGAGCUAAGACUUAUCGUAAUGACCUUGAAAACCUAUUCUGGCGAGUUGGAAAUCGGAGGUGAUACCGUAGGUAAGUCGUAACUACCUUACAAGGUUGAACUAUUCAGGAGCAUGUCAAAAACACUUGGUCUACAUAGACCGUUUUGUAGUUGGCUAACUAGCAGCUUUUGAACCUCAAAGUCGGUUCUGCUAUAUUGCUACACCAGACAGACAAUUUCUCUUUAAAUAUUAUCUCCCUAUGUUAUGGUAGAGAAUGUGAAUCUAAUCGUUCAGGCUACAAGGACAUGACAGUGUAUCGACUACAUAAUACAAUCAACUGAUGUAACUGUUCGGUCAACAACCAGAGUGAACCAGUACUUAGUGGUUCAUAAGUGAAGCGAAUCGACAAUUCAGGUUACCAUUUGAUAUGUAGUGUGAAUUGGUGUUUUUUUAUUUCUUGACAAAUUAUAAAUCACCUUGGUCUAACAUUUCGGUUUUUGUCGCCAGAAAAAUGGAUUGUGGGUUCUAUCCGUGCUAAAUGAAGUUCAUUCAAACACUACAGGGAGGAAAAAUUUUAGAAUUUAGACGUUUAUUGCUGUUAUUUCAAACAAAGUGUUGUUAUUUUGCAAAAGCACCAUAGGUCACAUCGUAUACUCACGCCUCUCAUGGUGAUUUAAGAUGGAUUUUUCUUCCAAACUGUUUGCCGGACGUUGUAUAGCUCGUUGAGAAAUAGUUGUCUGUAAAUCUAAUUUUUUCGUGAUCUUUGCUGUGUUAUCAGUGUAAUAAUAACAUGACUCUGGUACUUCAGCAGCGAGGGUGGAACCGCCAGAAUUCAUUGGAUGAUUCUUCGUGUCGAGUAGUGCUUGCACUUACGGCGUAAGACUGGGUGUAACCCUAAAUUUUACUUUCAAUAUUAGUCAAGUUCUCCGAGCCUAGUGGCUGAAUAAAUGUGCAGGGAAUUCACCUUGCUGAUAUUUGCAGGUGUCACAUCAAAAUUUCUAGGAAAGCAUUGUCGACGUUAUAAGGUUCAAAUAAUUGUUUCAUCUGCCAUAUCGAUUGAAGCAGAGACUGUCCCCUAACUCACGUUCAUUCAUGCUGAGGUAGGUUUGACAAACUACUUCAGGUUUUUGAAAAUUGUCUAUAACAUCAGGUAUCUCUGAUAAGACUUCUGUUAUGAAGAUUCUCGGCAUAAAAGAAUUUUUCGAAGCCUUUCAAAAUGACGUUGGCCCUCAGUUUGUAUUAAUCGAACACGCGGGUUAAGUUUACUAAAUUGUGUUACAUCCAUCGAGUUUCAGGCAUUUAAUCGAGAUUCCAAUAAAGGAAUCACUUACGGUAGCAGGCUUCAAAAUACCGUGGAAUGAACUUAAAAUUAUAAUAUUUAGUGUAAGGACCGGGCUCACAAGAUUUGUUAUUGAUUCGUACGAGAACCUAAUCAAGACUUGAGAAGUAAAGGAUACCAUCCAAAGUCAUGUAUUAAUAAGCAAGGCUGUAAUGAAGUAUGCAAGUUGAGGAGAAGGUAAAAUUACAUUCAGAAUGAAGUUAACAGCAGUCAUGUGAUGAUUGAUAUUUAGAGUUCCUCUUGAGCAACCACCACAGAUAUAUAUCACUCGGUUACUAUAUGUCCACUGGAGCGUUUAGAAUCGAUGGCAUUGAGAAUGGUAUUAAUAUAGCAAUAUCCUUUCGCGUAACCUCGAUCAGUUAUUUAGUGUAGUGUUGGAGUCCCAGAAAGGGCAUUACUAAACUACUGUGAUCUCUAGUCGCAGGCCAUUAUUCAUAAGGCAAAGAAACGAACGACGUUAGUAACAUUUAUUUCAGCAUCAAAUGUAAUGUGAGUAUCAAUCAAUUAAUAGUAAAGUUUAUUUGAAACCGAUACAUUCAAAAACAAGAUGCCGGACAUAAGUGUGAUUGCGCACAGAAGAUUAUGUCGCAUUAUAGAUGAGGGAAGUACUUUAUACAGCAGGACAUUGAAAUAUAUAUAUAGAUUGAUGUGUGAACAUUUAGUGACAUCGAGAUGGGUUAUCUCACCCCUUAACGAAUGACUAAUUUUUAAGACUAAAUAUCUCACUUCCUCUCAAAACUCAGGUUUUUCUCCUGAAUCUUUGAAACAGCUACUUGUGUUUUGUUAUGUGUGAUUUUAUUUUAAACAUUUUGUGUGAGGUGGUAUUAGUGUACUGAUGAGGAAUGUUUUGUACAUGUUUCCCAUGGUUCGUGAUACCCAGAAAUGCACCAGUGUUUCUCCACUCUAAAGAUGGCAUAUGUGCCUAGUAAUUCGUGUUUAUAUUUUCACUUCAUACAAUUAUCAGUUUAUCUUUAUUUGUCUAUGUAUUCAGGUAGUCCUCUUAGGAUAAAAAUCACUUUCACAUGUUAUGAACUCAUAUGACAUACAUGAUUAUUUUCUAUAUGUUCAAUCUUCUUACUCAGUUUCUUAUUGAUUUUGGGACGCCCAAAUAUAUUUUGUCUAAAGAUCUAUCGUAAGAUUCUCUUGGACUAUGAGUUUCUCUGUGUGAAAGAAGUGAUCACUAUAAAAGUGCUUCGAAUCAUUCUCUUGUCUUACUUUGAAGAAGAUAAUGUGUUAAACAGUUUAUCUUGAUUGGUGUCACUUGUAUCAUCAUUGUGUGACCCCCUUUGUGGUUGUAUUGUGUGCGUUCCGCAGUGCGCAAUGGAAAUCAAGAGUCGGCGACAAUAACCAACAGAAGAAUAAAGACACCUAAUAACGUUAUUUUUGUUAAAUAGUUGUUACUGAUAUCUUUCCAGCAUCUUUGUAUCAGUGAAUGGACUUAAUGCAAUUGUUAGGUAAACGGAUUACUGUGCCAUAGUCCGUUCAUUAAUUCUAGUUUGGCGGUUAGUGAUAGGCAAAAACAGUGUAUUUCAUUCUUUAUAAAGAUGUUGAUAUUCCAACCACGACCUCACAUGUCUAACAUUGAAUAAUCUGUUUGUGUUGCCACUGUGUUUCCAGUCAUUAUGGGUAUGGCUGUAAUAACAUUUUGAAAUAACGGAAUUCGAUACUCAUAAGAACCCUAGAAAUUUGCCCUGUAUUUAUUUAUUCGUCAAACCGAUGUUCUCCUAAUAUGAGUACUACUGUGCUUAACUGGAUAAGAAUCAUAAUUCAAGCUGAUCCUCUCUUUGUAAUUUUCGGGUGCAGAGAGUAAACCUUGAUUCUUGUGCACUUGGAUGUUAACAUAUUCGCAACUUACGCUAGUCUCUGCGCGCAGACAAAUGCACGAUAUUUAGGGCUGUCUGCAGAAAUCUUCACUCAGAAUGUUUCAUACUGGCAAAAAUUGUUAGUGUGAUUUGAGGAGUAACCAUAUUACGCCCUCCGUACUAGUCCUCAAUACCAACAGCUGGCUUGGAAGUUUUCAGAUCGUUCUCAUAGGCUCUGCAUAAUGGAAAUCUGCUUUUCUUCAGCGAACAUUAUAAUAAUAUUUUUCAGAUUCUGAAAAGACUAUAUAUAGAAGUGAAAGCUAUAACUCUGAGCUUUCAGUUCAACAAAGUAUUCAGUUCUGAUCUAGUCAUGACUAUUAGUUUACACAAGUUACCUACGGAAAUCACUAGAUUGCACACCUCAAUUAGUCCUAUUACUAUUUGGAAGCACAAUAAUAGACUAGAGCAUAACCCAAAUGUUACAAGCAAAAACAGGGUGAUCUUAUCCGCAACGCAACCAUGUAAACUUAAUGUAUCGCACACUGUCAUUUGUGCGUUCAAGUAACCACAGAUUUUGUCAUUUCAUAAUGUAUUUUCAAUUAAACAACUAGAAUAUGUAGUUAAUUUUGCUCUGUUUUUAAUUUUUAUUCGCCACGUCCGGCUGCGUUACACUGUACGUCCGUUGCACGCUGGGAUGAUAUCUCAAGACAUAGUUCCUACCUGGAGGAUUUGGUGAUCCCCUGCUACUAGACACGGAAGCCUGUUAAGCGAAAGCUUCUUCUAUUCCGUCCACAACCAUUUGAACCAUUUGAAUGCAGUUUAGUUGAAAGAAUUAUGAUAUAUAAACAGAAUGCAACAGGAGUGAGUCUUCGCAGAUCAUAAAAACUGUUUCGCCCUUAGAACUAUGGCCCUAUGGAACUGUUUACGGGAGAUCCAACGAAUAGCAGAUUAUAAAAAGAAUGCUGGACGUCCAUUUUAGUCUCACAACCACUUCCAGUAUUUUUUGACUUCUUUUACUCUUUCAUUUGGAAAAAAACAACAAAAACUGCAGCUUAACAUUACCAAAACAACUUUUAAACGGGAACAUGGUUUAAACCUUUGUUUGAUAUUCGAUUCUUAAUGAAAGUUCUUGAAUAAAUUUUUGAAUCUGA